AUGCUGCAUGAGGUUAACAUCGGCACGUCCGACAUCGUCCGCGGAGGCCAUGACGACGACGAGGCAACCACGCAGCAGCAGCAGCCCGCACUUUCGGUGGUGGAGGAACAUAUACAGCGCAUACGGCUCGAGCUGUGUGGGCAGCGCCACCCACCCAGUGGGUACGCGUCAGGCAUUGCAAUUCCCUCCACCGCCGCCGGGCUGGCUCGCGUCGCGGUACUGGCCGAUCUGCUAGACCAGGUGCGCUAUUGGGCCAUCGAAGAGGCAUCCACCUUUAAGGACGAGCCGAGUCGUCUCGCAGAGACGGAGGCUCCUGAAGCGGUGGUCGCAUGUCUGUGCAGCAGGCGAUCGCAGCUCGUGGCCCAGGCACUGCGUGUGGUGCAGCCCAUGCUGCGACACCGCCAAACCGCAUACGAAACACGCCGUGUGAUGGUAGAGGUCUGGGCGUACCGGGAGCGGGUCAACUCGAUGGUGCCACUGCCGGAAGGCUUCGACCCACUGCUUGCCAUGCUGGCGGAGGUCUUGGAGCAGCACAAGGGCGUGUUGCCAGUGCUUGUCGAGGCGCUUUCCACCGCGACCGCAGCGCUCCUGCAGGACGGAACAGCGUGCGUGAGUAGCGACAACGACAACGAGGAUAAUUUGGACGGCGGCGUGUCGCUGCGCCGUCGCAUUGCACCUCUGGUUGUCGCCCUUCAUGAGACUACCCUAGUGUACCAGAUGGAGUCCGCCAUGCGGCGUCACCCAGACGCGGUGCCGCUGCAGGUGGAGGGCGUAUCCUUCUGUGCCACUCUGGUGGACCUUCCCUGGCCAUUCGAGGCGGAGGUGGAUGGCGAAGAAGAUACUCCCACAUCCCUCGCUGACAUUGUCGCCCACAGCGACGGCGUGCUUGAUGUGCUGCAGGGCGCUCUUCGCCGCCACCGUCAGAACUUGCGCAUUGCUCGCGGUGUGCUGCACGUGUGGCGUGUGUGCUCGCAGCACCCAGCAAACCGUGUACCGCUUCUUCAGCAUGGCGCAUACGCCGGCGCACUGCACCAGCUACGUGAGGUGGGGCCGUACACGGUGGGUGUGUGGCGGGAGAUCGCAGAGACCGUCGGCUACUUUAUCCCACUGCUGGAUGCCCUUCAGCGCCGCACAUUAGCCCUGACGCUGCGCGAGUUGCUACUGCGCCGCCCGCAGCUUGAGAUGCUGGAGCUCAUUUUGGCGCUGCUGCUGUCGCUGCUCAUGGUUGUGGACAGUGGACACCAUGGCGGUGGUGGCAAGAGUGGCAGCGCGUUCAACAUGUACGCCAUGUACCCUCAGCCGCCCGCAGCAGCGCCGUCACCCAGCGACACCGAAAUUGCUGGUGAGCCGCACCACCGUGGGACGAAGGCCGUACUGCGUCUCAGCCAGCUUCAGUGGCAUCCCAUGCGCGACCUCUACCCACACAGCGGCGCAUCGGUCGCAGAAGAGGAUACGUGGCACUUCCUCCUAGAGCGUUGCGCGAUCCCGCAGCUGGUGAGUGGGCUGCUCGAAUACUUCGGCCACUGUGAGGCGGUAGACGAGGAGGAUGCAUCCGACGUGGACCGUGUGUGCCGCUUAGCCGAGGCGGUCCUCGGCUUCUUCUGA